AUGGUAAACUAUAAUUCACUCACGCCUCCCAUUAGUUCUUCUAACCGUUGUAUCAUUAUCUCUGCAUGUUUCCCCUUGGGUCUACCAAAGGAGCCCUCAGCAGACGUCAAGCUGGCGACCAGAGCAGGAAAGAAGGCAGCAGCCGCCGCCACAGCAGCAGCGGAGGAGGAGGAGGACGAGGAGUAUGUGGUGGAGAAGGUUUUGGACCGCAGAGUGGUGAAGGGAAGAGUAGAGUUCCUGCUGAAAUGGAAGGGGUUCUCAGAUGAGGAUAACACAUGGGAGCCACAAGACAACCUGGACUGCCCCGACCUUAUCACCGAGUACAUCCAGAAACACAAGGAGAAGGAGGAGAAGAAGGAGGGCAAGAGGAAAGUCGUCAUUAAGGCCUCGGGAGACUCAGAGGAGCGAGGUAGCAAGAGGAAGAAGGAGGAGAUUCAUCAGAGAGUUCACACAGGAGACAAUCUACACAGCUGUGAUCAAUGUGGGGCAGCUUUCACACUAAAGGGUAGCCUAAAAAUACAUAAACGCAUUCACACUGGAGAGAAGCCUUACAGCUGUCAUCAAUGUGGUAAAACAUUUUCUCAGAGUGGUCACCUAGAAAUCCACAGACGUGUUCACACUGGAGAGAAGCCGCACCGCUGUGAGCAAUGUGGGGAAACUUUUUCUGUGAGUGGGACCCUUACAAAACAUCAACGCAUUCACACUGGAGAGAAGCCAUACAGCUGUGAUCUAUGUGGCAAAACUUUUUCUCAUAGUAAUGGCCUUAAAUUUCACCGACUUGUUCACACUGGAGAGAAGCCAUACUGGUGUGAACAAUGUGGGAAAACGUUUUCUCGGAGUAGUCACCUUACAAAACAUCAACGCAUUCACACUGGAGGGAAGCCAUACAGCUGUGAUCUAUGUGGCAAAACUUUUUCUCAGAGUGUUCACCUAAAAAUCCACCGACGUGUUCACACUGGAGAGAAGCCGUACUGGUGUGAGCAAUGUGGGAAAACAUUUUCUGAGAGUGGGGCCCUUAAAAAACACCAGCGUGUUCACACUGGAGAGAAGCCGUACUGGUGUGAACAAUGUGGGAAAACAUUUUCUGACGGUAGUAGCCUUAAAAGACACCAGCACGUUCACACUGCCUCGUUGUGAACAUGUUUCCGAGCCAAGCUGUUUCCUCCUGCCUCCUCCUCAUGCCCUGAUAGCUGUGUUGUUAUUUUCUGAUCUUCUCUCCACAUUGAAGGCUGACCAGCAGUAACUUUAUCUUCUGAACAGCAUGGAUGUUAUCCUGGCUAGGACUACACAUUACACUCCCUCCCUUUGAAGGGAUUUAUUCCAAUCUGCAUUUAAAAUGUAAUCAAUUAUCCUGUAUUAUAAAUACAUGUCUGGCAUUUGUAGUAAACCACUUGAAAAUCAGUUGGAGAUUCAGGGAGAAAUUAUGAUUUUAAUUGUGGAUAGACCUCCUACCUCCAUAGACACACAUGCAUGAGGAGGAGCACAAUGUUCGUGAGGAAAUGGCCGCCAUGUUAACAUAUCGCGCCAAUAAACAGCAGUGGCCAAUGUG